CGGCACCUGGUAGGCGGUGCGGCAUGGAUGCGGAGCAGCCCACAGCCUGCCGGAAGAUCCCUGUCCUGGGCCUGGGCACCUGGAAGGCCUGUCCAGGAGAAGUGAUUGAGGCAGUAAAGGUGGCCAUUGAUUCAGGAUACCGGCACUUCGACUGUGCUUACUUUUACCAUAACGAGAAUGAAAUUGGAGCAGGGAUCCAUUCCAAGAUCAAGGAUGGCACCGUGACACGGGAGGAUCUGUUCAUUGUCAGUAAGCUGUGGUGCACCUACCACACGAAGUCCUUGGUGAAAACAGCGUGCAGCAAGAGUCUGAAGGCUUUGGAGUUGGAUUAUCUGGACCUCUACCUCAUGCACUGGCCCAUGGGUUUCAAGCCUGGAGAAACAGACUUGCCUAUGGACCACAAUGGCAUGAUCAUACCCAGUAACACAGACUUCCUGGACACGUGGGAGGCCAUGGAGGAUCUGGUGAUCGAGGGGCUGGUGAAGGACAUUGGGGUGUCAAACUUCAACCAUGAACAGCUUGAGAGGCUUUUGAAUAAGCCUGGGUUGAGGUUCAAGCCAAUAACCAACCAGAUUGAGUGCCACCCAUAUCUUAAUCAGAAGGAUCUGAUUGAUUUUUGCCAGUCCAGAAAUGUGUCUGUGACCGCUUACCGUCCUCUUGGUGGCUCAUGUGAGGGGGUUAACAUGAUGGACGACGCUGUGAUUCAGAGGAUUGCUAUGAAGCACAGCAAGUCUUCAGCUCAGAUUAUGAUCCGAUUUCAGAUCCAGAGGGAUGUGAUAGUGAUUCCCAAAUCUGUCACCCCAGAGCGGAUUAAAGAGAAUAUCCAGGUGUUUGAUUUUGAAUUAACAGAAGAAGAUAUGAAGGACAUGGUCAGCCUAGACAGGAAUCUCCGACUGGCCACGUUCCCCGUAACUGAGAAUCACAAAGACUAUCCUUUCCUCAUAGAAUACUGAGGACAGCCUCCCUCUCCCUCAUUUCUGCUUGGCCCAGACAGAUGGAUGCUGGCAGCAAUGUUGACCACCUCUGCAGGGGCUCUGUGGCCACAACGCGGAUGGGCCCCAUAGAGGUAGGUUUGGAAGGAUUCCCACCUGGAACAGAAGCCAACUUCUCUGAGAAAUCCAAAGAAUUGAGUGUGUUCUAAGUGAUGGAAAUGGGAUUUCUGUGUGACAGCUUGUGUGGCCU